CGAAAUACAUGCAUCUCGGCUACUAUAUAGAAGGUAAAUACGCGGUUUGAGACGCAGCCCACUGUCUAUUAGCACGUACAGCAUGACAAAUAAUUAACUGCACUUGAAGCGUUUGUAAAAAUUUUAAUGAAAACCACCUAAAACUGUAUACAGUACCAUAACGAAGACGAACUGUAUGUUAAUACGUGAAAUUCUGGAGGGAACGUCGGACGGCGUGGCGCGGUGACGUAAUGGCGUGUGACGUUAAUCGAACUAUGUUCUAGAACAUGCAAAACGGGUACAUGAAAGUAAUAUUCUAAAAGCGACUCAUGUAAACACCUUAAUCACAUUGUUAUCUUACUCGGAGUAAGGUCAAUAAUUAGAUUACUGCUGUCCAUGUCCAUGUAGUCAGAGAGAGAAUAUAUAGUUUACAUUCACAUCGACCUAAUACGCAUUAAUACAGGAUAUGCUGCAAAACUAAUCCGCACUAUAAUUUCACUCAUGAGCAAAUUCACAUUGUUGUGUCUGCGUUUUGUGCGUUGGUGCAUGAUUUGCUCUGGUUCAUGACGACAGAAAAGUUUCCUCCGCAUUUCCUCUCAGUUCUGCUGCUCUGCUCGGCUCUCGCCCAGAUAAUCCGGUUUUCCUCGGCGCUCGUGAGUGUCUUGAACACGACAGUAUCAGUGAUUAUGGCGCGUUGCCAUGGAACAGGUGGUGGUGCGUUCAGGAUUUGAUGAUCUAAAGCGAAACUUCCUGAAACACGAUGAGUCCUCUUCGACUGUACCGAGAAUAGUGAUAAAGCGAAACACUUGAGGAAUUUUAACCGGAACUGAAAACGAACUCCUUUGGGAUCUAGACUGAAGGAUUUAACAGCUGGACAGAAAUGCUGAUAUUUGUUUUUGUGCUGUGUGGCUUCACCUUCUGUGGACUCUGUGUGUGUGAGAGAGAUACACAAAGCUCCAAGCAGGUAGAAGACAGAAAUGCCGUGUUUACGGAAGAACAGGAGGCCAAUACGUUUUUAGGACGCCACCUGCUGUACAACCGAUUCGACUUUGAAAUCUUCACCCCAGGCAAUUUGGAGAGAGAGUGUAUCGAGGAAGUGUGCAACUAUGAAGAAGCGCGUGAGGUUUUUGAAAAUAUUCCAGACACAGAUGCUUUCUGGAAAAAGUAUACAGAGGCUCAGAAUCAGGGGCAGAAAAUCGAUGUGACUGCUCUGUUGGUGGGCAUCAUCGCAGGGGGCGUGGCCAUCAUCAUAAUGGGGCUCCUGAUCUGGUAUUCCUGCCAGAAGCAGUGCAAAAAUAAGCCCGUCAGGAGUCGUUCGAGACGCAGUAAUGCCUCUGUGAUCAUUAGGAGGCUAGAGGAGGUGUCGCUGCACCCCAUCCCUGCUCCUCCUUUAUCAGAUGAAAUGGAAACACAUGGUCUCCCCUCAUACGAGCAGGCCAUUGCUAUAACUGGACCCCACGAUGCUCCACCACCGCCAUAUCCCGGAUCGAGACCAGGCACCAUUCAACGAUAAGCCAACCCUGUCAUCAAAUAAACCUGGAUUGGGUGUUUCUUAAUUUAAACCAGAAACUGUAAUGUGGUGUUAUGAACUAUGUUUUGUUUCAGAAUCACUUAUAGAGCUGGCUUGGUUAUGAAUAACGUCUAUAAUGUACUGGUUUUACACUAAUUAGAACGUUUAAUUUAUCUAAUAUUUGAUUGCUCCUACAUUUUGCAGUGCUGUAUAAGUAGAUAGUUAGCCAGGUCAUUUCAGUUUACAUUUGUGAAUGAAGCACACUAAGAUUAUGCUAAAUGCCAAUAGCCUAUAAUGCAUUUGAUUCCAUGUGUCUGUGAGGGCUUUUGAUGAAGGAAAAUAGUGAAGAAAGUUGAUUAAUAUAAUUAUGAAUACUACAUAUAGAACUCAGUUGUUUCCCAUUAACACUGACCUACUAAACAAUACCAGCUUUACCUCGU